AUGACUGCCAUAGUCGACGAAUACCUCGACGGCUCGCUCGACAAUGACGAAAUCUUUCCCUGUAGAGGGUGCGGAGAGAUUCUCGAGGAAGGCAAAGCUUUUGAAUUAGCUGGCCAACGAUGGCACCUUGACUGCUUUCGCUGCCACACCUGCGGCACCCUCCUCGACUCCGACGCCAACCUCCUCCUCCUGGGCGACGGCUCCCUCGUGUGCAAUAAUUGCACCUAUACAUGCAAUGCCUGCGGCAACAAGAUUGAGGAUCUAGCCAUUUUGACCGGAGAUCAGGCCUUUUGCUCCACCUGCUUCCGUUGCCGAAACUGCAAACGCAAAAUCGAAAACCUGCGUUAUGCACGCACCUCACAGGGAAUCUUUUGCAUGGGCUGCCACGAAACUAUCAUGGCUCGUCGGCGAAAACGCUCCAAAGCCACCACUGCUUCAAAAGCGCGGGACAAGGAAGACGGCGUCAUAACAGACAAGUCUUUACCUGCCUUGCCUCCCGAGAUGAUCCCCAACGCUCAGGCAGAUGCUGACUCGGAUAACGUUGCCGCCACGUCUCCGGGACCUCAGGCCGCCGCCCCUCGCUUAAGCAGCAACUCGAGAGUAGCUGCUAUACCGGCCAGGUCGCCUGAGCGUCCUUCAGUUGAUAAUGGCAACGCCGCCAACAAGGAUACCCUAACAUUGCCCUCUAGCACAUACAGAAAGAAUAGGAACUCGGCCAUCCUCCCCAGUGGGCAUGGUAGCAACCACAACGAUGCAUCUGAUGGCUUCUACAUCUCCGUCGCCCUGGAUCCCACCCCCAAUGGCUCUGCCAAGGCCUCACCAGCUCCGGACGCCAACAACGAUGCCACGCCUCGGAGCAGCAAAGCUGCCGGUGAGAGGCGCAGCGAGACUGCUGUCUCUCCCCAUAUUGCUUUCCAGGACAAAGGCCGUCAACAGUCGACAGAUCAUAUCCUGCAGGCCAUGGCCCCUUCGCGAAAAGUCUCAAAGAGCGAAAAAGACAAGAAUAAAUUUUCAAAGGCUUCGCCCGAGACUGAUGAUUCUAGACCACACGAGGCACCUCGUAGCAAGCGUCUGCAGACCUCCAGAACGAACAGCUCUCAGUCUACUGAUAUCAAACAAACAAACGCCCCGUCACGACAGCGUGCCUCUCAGGAUGCCCGGCCGGCCGACGACGACGCAACUGCGCCCGCGCAAGAACCCAGCUCCAAGACUUCACGCUCAGGCCCCGGCAUGGCCAUUGCACGCAAGGAGCUGCCGCCGUCGGCCAACAGAACCGUUGGUUCUACGGCAAACACGACGGAAAAGCCCACUCUCAGUGAAAGCUAUAUGCAACCACGAGCCGCACCCGCACCUCCAGGCUCUAGAGCCUCUGCUGGUGCUAAAGAUGAUGGUCAGUCUCCCAAAGUUUCGCCAAAAUUGCCUAGAUGGAGCAGUGGUGCCGAUUUCACACUGGACGAGGACAUGGCUAGAAUUCUUGGGACCGACGAAGGUUCAUCCUCGCUCUUGCGUCGGGUUUCUAACGCGGUUCGACAUGGUCGUACAGGGAGCAUCGAGUCCAGUCACAACCCGAGGCAAAGCCACACUCGAAGCAUAAGUGAGACAACACGAUCGACUGUUUCCCCCCGCUGGUCAAGACCCCAGCACCCCGACGAUCACAGCCACGAUAUCAGCAGUCCAAUCUCCUUGAACAAGGGCGAGGACUCGGCUUUGCUCAAGCGUCAACUACGAAACUCGGAGCAGCGCGUUGCAGAACUCGAGCGACAAUUCAACACCGAAAAAGAUUUGCAGACUCUUGACAAGAAGCUAGUCGAGAAGCGAAAGACAGUUUCCGUACUCGAUACUCAAGCGGAGAUUAUGAUUCGUCAGCUCGAGGUUCUCGCCGGCUACGUCGAAAAGGCGAAAGAAACCAAAGCUCCGCUUGAUGUCCACGAGCUCGAAGAUUCAGCUAUCAAGGAUUUUGUCAAGAAGCUAGAGCGUGUCAAGGGGACUAUGGCGUCCGAGAUUGCCGCACUGCAUGAGCAGCGCGAUAAGCUUGUCGAAGAAAAAAGUCAGGCUGUGGCUGACCGCGACCGCGCUUUGAUGGAAUUUGAGCAGCUUUCCUCCAAGAAUGCUCAGCUCGCCGACAUGAACAACGAGAUGACGCACCAGAUCCAAGAGCGUUUCAAGUCGCAAGCAGGCGACUUGCGGUCACCAUCCAAUGGACUAGGCAUUUACGGCCACCGCGGCGCCGCAACCUCCAACGCCAACCUUGACACCGCCAGCAUGACCACGGGUGCUACCCUUGUACCUGCCGAUGAGGAACAUAUUGUCGAGUCUGGCCCUACGGUGGUACAGGUGCGCAAGGGUCAGGUGAAGAAGUUUAACUGGAAGAAAGGUUCCAAGACAAUGGCUCAAAACGUCGCCAAGGGUGUCAACCGCGCUGUUGUCGCCUUUCAACAAAACGAACGCGAUCGUCCAGGUCAAAUGGGUGGACAACCUGGCGGCUUGACUGCAGAUAAUAUUGGUCUGCCUUACAACAUGACCGUCACGCAGGCGGACAUGUCCUCGGCAUCCAGCGUUCCCUCCGGUGGUCCCAACGCCGCUAAUAAGCAACAGAGCUUUGGUUUCUUCGGCAAGAAGGCCAAUAUGCCCAAGUCUGUAUCUGCCAACACAGUUUCGACACCUCUCGCAGCAGAACCGCCCACAACCUUGUUUGGCUCUGAGCUCAGCGAGCGUGUCGAGUAUGAGCGUCGUCAAAUACCCAGUGUCGUCAGCCGCUGCAUAGAAGAGGUCGAGCUACGUGGCAUGGACCAGGAGGGCAUUUACCGCAAGACUGGCGGCAACUCUCAGGUCAACCAGAUCAAGGAAGGCUUUGAGAAGAGCGAGAACUUUGAUAUUUCCGAUCCAGAUCUGGAUAUCACUGCGGUGACGAGUGUGCUGAAGCAGUAUUUCCGCAAGCUGCCAAUGCCGCUGUUGACAUUUGACGUCUAUGACCGUGUAUUAGAGUCGAAUGCCAUUUCCGAAGAAGCAGAGCGCUGCGCGCAACUGCGCAAGACAUUCGACUCGAUGCAUCAGAGCCACCGCGACUGUCUCGAGUUCCUCAUGUUUCACCUGCAGCGCGUGGCCCAGCGCGAAUCCGAGAACCUCAUGUCGCCCAAGAAUUUGGCGGUUGUCUUUGCGCCCACCAUCAUGCGCGACCUGAGCAUCGAGCGGGAGAUGUUGGACAUGCACGCCAAGAAUAUCGCUGUGCAGUUUGUUAUUGAGAAUAGUCAUAUCAUUUUCGAAGAUGCUUGA